GAAUGAAGCGAAGGAUGGGAUGAAUGAUUACUUAAAGGAGCAUGGUGCUUAUUAUCCUCCUGCGAAGGGGCAUUUGUCACAGCCUGUUGCGGGUGGUGCCACACCCUCUUCAGAAUCCCAGCCAGUUGUUGACAAUGGAAAAAUGCAAACAUCUUCAGCACAAGAUAUUGCCCAAACUUCACUUUCAUCAUUGGUGACUGCGAGUUACGUAACAUCAGGGUCAGCGGUCACGACUUCUGCUCCAAAUGUAGGAAGAGUAGCAAUUCACAAGACGAGUUCUAGUAGUUUAACUACCCUGGCUCCAAGCAUCUGUACUAAGUCCAGCACGCCUAUCAGUUAUGCACCUCGCUUUAAUUUGCCAAGGGCAACAUCCACAGCUGUUGCGGCAUCACCAAUGUCGAUGCAUCAAUCACCAGGAAUGCCUACAUGGUCUUGUAGUCCACGAACUGUAGGUUUAGAUGCAUCAGCAACCGAGUUCUAUCCUGCCAACACUCCUCAGCAAUCCGCAUCAACGUACAUUUAUUCAGCCCCUCCUUUUGAGCAGCAAGCUAGUCCGCAGUCACGCAUGCAGCCUGAUCCUUGGGUGGCAGUUGCCGAAGCAAUCAAGCAAGGGCCAUCCUUACCGAAAGUAGAGUUGAUGAAAUUCAGUGGAGACCCUUUGGAGUAUGUGGAGUUCGUUACGAACUUUAGAGACAAUAUUGAGAACCAGGUGUCUGAUGAGUCUCAAAGACUGACACGCCUUUUAGCUCAGUGCUCAGGCAAAGCUAAAGAAGCAAUUAGGAGUUGUGUUAAUUUGACAGUGGGUGAAAGGUACACAGAAGCCUGGAGAACUCUUAGCGAGAACUUUGGCCAGCCUCACAUGAUAGUAGAAGCCCACAUGAAGAAACUGAGAGAAAUUCAAGUGCGGAAAGCAGAUGCGACGACUCUCAUGGAGUUUGUGAGGCGACUGGAAGAUGCUAGGAGGGUCCUGACCAGUGCGGGUCACAACUACGUGAGUCGGUUAGACAACGAAGAUGUCAUAAUCUCGUUGAUGCGAAAUCUCCAUGAUGAGGGCCUGAAAAGGAAGUGGGUGGAUAAAGCAGGAGAUCUCAUCAAGCGAAAAGGUCGAGCAGACUUUGCGGACUUUGUUGAAUUUGUUCGAAGAGUUGCAGAUCGUAUAAACAAUAGAUACGGGCAAGAAUUAGGGUCCUCUUCUCAUACUAACCGAAAAAAAAAGGAACCAAACAAGACAAAGGAUCCGCCUCCCAAGUUUACUACCCUUGCGACUCAAACUGACCAGAAUUGCCUAAGCCAGAAAACAUCACCAAGGCCCCCUUGGAAGUGUGCACAGUGUUCCAGACCUCACAAUGUUUGGAGGUGCCGAAAGUUUAGAAGUGCCUCAUUGAAUGACCGUCUAAAGACUGUUCGUCAACGUGGACUUUGUAAGCUUUGUCUUGACCAAGGACAUACUGCGAAACAAUGUGAUAGGGGAUUCACCUGCCGAAUAUCAGGUUGCGGCAAGGAUCACCACUACCUGCUACAUUUCCCGUCGGAGAGCGUUGAUGAAAAGAACCCUAGAAAUCCCAGCAGUAAUGCGGUGGAAGGUUCAGCGAACAGUAGCAAUGUGCAAGCGCCCAACACGAAGGAUAGCAGCCCUUCGAUGGCAAGUGCAAGGGAACAGGAUCUGGUGACGGUUGCUGCGCUCGAAGCGGGCAGACCCAGAGUAUGCUUUAAGGUAGUUCCAGUCAAGAUUAGACGUCCGGGAGGCGCCAGAGAGAUCAUAACGCACGCUUUCCUAGACAGCGGUCCAGACGCCUCGCUCUGUCUAGAUAGUUUGGCGCGUGAAAUAGGUGUAACGGAUAUGAAGCCAAUCAGCUAUACUGUGACCACCACCAACUGUGCGGACGGGGAGCUAAGACAUGGUCAUGAAGUCCAGUUAGAAAUUGAAUCGUUAGAAGGAGAUGCAAAGUUCCGACUCGAAAACGUCUUGACUACAAGCAAUCUUCCCGUUUCAGCACGACAAAUGGCCACAAACGAGGAUAUUAAGCGUUGGCCUCAUCUUUGUGACGUUAGCUUACCCGAAACAGGAGAUAAGAAAGUGACAAUUUUGAUAGGAAACGAUCGCCCAGACCUGAUUGACAAGCAGUUAGAUCGGAAAGAAGGAGAUCAAGGCGAACCUGUUGCAGUGAGGACGCCCCUUGGGUGGACAGUCCACGGCCCGAUUGGAGAAACUGUUAAGGACCGUGUUCACAUAAACUUUACUCGCACCGGCCAAGAUAGCUUAAGCGUUCAGCUAGAGCGCAUGUAUGAUGAGGAAUUUGUUGAAGAUGAUGCCAAUGCUGAGGAAGGCAUGUCUGUUGAGGACCGUAAAGCACAGGAACUUAUGGAUCAGUCAGCGACCUUAGUGAACGGACACUAUCAGCUUAAGCUUCCUUUUCGACAAGAGAAGCCUGACCUUCCUGAGAGUCUGUCGACGGCCACAAGCAGGUUAAGUUGGCUAGAGAGAAAGAUGCGGAAGGAUCCAGUUUUCCACCGAAAGUACAGUGGCGUAAUGGACAAGUACCUGACCGAGGGAGCAUCACGACGGGUACCUGAUGACGAAGUCCCAGUGCUUAAGCCGCCAUGGUACCUUCCUCAUCACGCGGUGUGGCAUCCUAGAAAACCCGAAGAACCGCGGGUAGUGUUUGAUUGUGCCUCAAGGAGUGGUGGAACGUCUUUGAAUGAGCAACUUUUGAGAGGCCCUGAAAACACCAGCACCCUGAUAGGAGUGAUCCUGAGAUUCCGAGUAGAUGACGGUGCAGUCACGGCAGAUAUUAAGAUAAUGUUUCACCAGGUCUUCGUAGCACCAGAAGAUCGUGGAGCGUUGUGUUAUUUAUGGUGGCCGAAUGGUGACCUGUCAAAGGGACCGAAGACUUACCAAAUGCUCGUGCACAUUUUUGGAGCAAAGUCCUCGCCGAGCGUAGCAGGAUACGCCCUGAGAAGGACGGCUAAGGAUAAUGAGAAAGACUUCUCCCAAGAGGCAGUUGACGCCGUGCUUAAGGAUUUCUACGUAGAUGACUUGCUUAAAUCCUUUGCUGAUUCAGAACGCGCAGUACAAGUCAGUAAGCAGCUACAGGAGUUACUUGCGAGAGGAGGCUUUGAAUUGACAAAAUGGAUUUCCAAUUCUCGCAGCGUGUUGUCAGCGUUCCCGGUGGAGUAAAGAGCACCCACCAUUAAGAGUUUAGAUUUGAAAUCAGAAAGUUUGCCUAUAGAUAGAGCACUAGGAAUCCACUGGAAUGUUGAACAUGACAUCAUUGACUUUGUUAUGAAUGACAAGGAGCGUCCAGAGAAUCGGAAAGGUGUCUUAUCAUCUAUUGCAACUGUGUAUGACCCGCUCGGAUUCGCCAGCCCCCUACUCUUACCUGGAAGAGAAAUGAAUCAGGAAUUGUGCAAACUAAAGUUGGAUUGGAAUGAGAAGCUCCCAAGAGAAUUGUGUGAACGUUGGAAGAGUUGGAGAGAAGGGCUUCUGAGCUUGCAAGGAUUCAGUAUUCCUCGAUGUUUUAAGCCAAAGGACUUCGGUGAAGUGAAACAUGUAGAGCUUCAUCAUUUCGCCGACGCAUCCCAACAGCAUGGUUAUGGGACAGCCUCUUAUUUACGUCUUGUUAACAGUCGAGGGCAAAUUCAUUGCUGUUUCGUAAUGGGGAAGUCUCGCGUGAAACCCUUGAAAAGUGCUGUAACAGUACCAAAGCUGGAGUUGACAGCGGCUACUCUAGCAACGAAAGUCAACAAGGUCAUAACGAGAGAGUUAGAAGGAAGACUGAAGAUUAACAGUGUGACUUACUGGACUGACUCUAUGAUAGUUCUCAAGUACAUCGCCAAUGAAGUACGAAGAUUUGUAACCUUCGUCGCAAACCGGUAGCUGUCAUACGUCAAGAAUCAGAUCCAGGGCAGUGGCGGCAUGUACGAUCAGAGCUCAAUCCUGCGGAUUAUGUUUCCCGAGGGAUCAAGGCCUCGGAGACUGGAAAACUGGAAAGGUGGCGCCGUGGUCCAGAAUUCUUGUGGAGAGAAGUUGAAGAUUGGCCCCCGCAGCCUCCAGAGGAAUUGGGAGACCUCCUAGAUAUAGACGAAGGAGUGAAAAAGGAGAAAGUCACUGUUGGAGCAUCCACAGUUCAUGCUGAUUUCUGGAGCAUUUUGUUCCAACGAUAUUCGUCAUGGGAUCGACUGAGAAGAAUAGUUGGGUGGUUAUGUAGAGCCUUCAACAGACCG